AUGGCCGCCGUCGCCGGCCUCUACGGCCUGGGCGAGGACCGCCAGCACCGCAAGAAGCAGCAGCAGCAGCAGCAGCACCAGAAGGAGCAGCUCGAGCAGAAGGAGGAGCAGAAGAAGAUCGCCGAGCGGAAGCUGCAGCUCCGCGAGCAGCAGCUCCAGCGCACCUCCCUCGAUGGUUAUGGGUCUUUGCCCAAAUUGAGCAGUCAAGACGAAGAAGGGGCUGGUCAUGGCUUUGGUGGCGGACCGCAACACUUUGAACCCAUUCCUCACGAUCAUGAUUUCUGCGAAAGAGUCGUUAUAAAUGUAAGCGGAUUAAGGUUUGAGACACAACUACGAACGCUAAAUCAAUUCCCGGACACGCUGCUUGGGGAUCCAGCUCGGAGAUUACGGUACUUUGACCCGCUUAGAAAUGAAUAUUUUUUUGACCGUAGUCGACCGAGCUUCGAUGCGAUUUUAUACUAUUAUCAGAGUGGUGGCCGACUACGGAGACCGGUCAAUGUCCCUUUAGACGUAUUUAGUGAAGAAAUAAAAUUUUAUGAAUUAGGUGAUCAAGCAAUUAAUAAAUUCAGAGAGGAUGAAGGCUUUAUUAAAGAGGAAGAAAGACCAUUACCGGAUAAUGAGAAGCAAAGAAAAGUCUGGCUGCUCUUCGAGUACCCAGAAAGUUCGCAAGCCGCCAGAGUUGUAGCCAUAAUUAGUGUAUUUGUUAUAUUGCUAUCAAUUGUUAUAUUUUGUCUAGAAACAUUACCCGAAUUUAAGCAUUACAAGGUGUUCAAUACAACAACAAAUGGCACAAAAAUCGAGGAAGACGAGGUGCCUGACAUCACAGAUCCUUUCUUCCUUAUAGAAACGUUAUGUAUUAUUUGGUUUACAUUUGAACUAACCGUCAGGUUCCUCGCAUGUCCGAACAAAUUAAAUUUCUGCAGGGAUGUCAUGAAUGUUAUCGACAUAAUCGCCAUCAUUCCGUACUUUAUAACACUAGCGACUGUCGUUGCCGAAGAGGAGGAUACGUUAAAUCUUCCAAAAGCGCCAGUCAGUCCACAGGACAAGUCAUCGAAUCAGGCUAUGUCCUUGGCAAUAUUACGAGUGAUACGAUUAGUUCGAGUAUUUCGAAUAUUUAAGUUAUCUAGGCAUUCGAAGGGUUUACAAAUAUUAGGACGAACUCUGAAAGCCUCAAUGCGGGAAUUAGGUUUACUUAUAUUUUUCUUAUUUAUAGGCGUCGUACUCUUCUCAUCGGCGGUUUAUUUUGCGGAAGCUGGAAGCGAAAAUUCCUUCUUCAAGUCCAUACCCGAUGCAUUUUGGUGGGCGGUCGUUACCAUGACCACCGUUGGAUAUGGUGACAUGACACCCGUCGGCGUUUGGGGCAAGAUUGUGGGAUCACUGUGUGCCAUUGCUGGCGUGCUGACCAUCGCACUGCCGGUGCCGGUCAUCGUCAGCAAUUUCAACUACUUCUAUCACCGCGAAACGGAUCAGGAGGAGAUGCAGAGCCAGAACUUUAAUCACGUUACUAGUUGUCCAUAUUUGCCAGGUACAUUAGGUCAACACAUGAAGAAAUCAUCGUUGUCCGAGUCCUCAUCGGAUAUGAUGGAUUUGGACGAUGGUGUCGAGUCCACGCCGGGAUUGACAGACCCACAUCCUGGACGCAGUGCGGUGGCUCCAUUUUUGGGAGCGCAGCAGCAGUCGCAGCAGCAGCAGCAACCGCAGCAGCAAUCGCAGCAACCGGUGUCAUCCUCGCUGUCGAUGUCGAUUGACAAGCAGUUGCAGCAUCCCCUGCAGCAGCUGACGCAGACGCACCUCUACCAGCAUCAGCAACAGCAGCAACAGCAGCAGCAGCAGAACGGCUUUAAGCAGCAGCAGCAGCAACAGCAACAAAUGCAGCAGCAACAGUCCCACACACUAAACGCAAGCGCAGCGGCGGCAACGAGCGGCAGCGGCAGCAGCGGCCUCACCAUGAGGCACAAUAAUGCCCUGGCCGUUAGUAUCGAGACCGACGUUUGACUACUGGGUAAGUGUUGGAUAACGCCACUCGCUUGCUGCACAGACCCCCCACUCCCCGUCUCUGUCACACCGCUAUCUUUCACUAUCUCUAUCUUGCUCUGGCACACUCAUUUCUCCGACCCCCACAACCCCACCACCGAAACCCGUGCACCUUGAGCCGUAGAGCGUAACUAGGUUUAAGUGUUGCAAAAUGCCAAAUGCCAAAUUCUUAAGCGGGUCGUUCGCACUGGCCACAACAGAUGUAAAGCAAUGACCGAAAGUGUGUUUGCUACCAAGUGAGACAAUCUAUUUACUGCAUAUAUUGUUUGUUUAUUAUAUUUUUGCAAAAUGACCAACAAAUUAUUUCAAUGUUACAUAACUUACUGGAAGACGUUAGGUCUUCGGUUUUUGUUGACCAUCAUAUAAUGACUUCAAUUUGAAUUUGUACUAAAGGCUCCGUCUUCGUUCUCCCAUGAGAAAUCUUCAAUAACCCUUAAACACGGUUUUAACAUUUUAGAACAAACACUUUUUUUAUGUGCAGUGCGAACGUCCCGAUCCAUUUAAUUGAACCGAAAUGAAUUACGAUUUGAUUAGAACAUAACUUUUUCUCUCUUUUCUCUCCACGUGGCGCGCUCUUCUACCUACGCGAUACAUAUGUUUGCCUAUGUUUACGUAUAAACCUAAUCCUAAACCUAAACCUUUGCCUACGUCUCGAUCCCUAUGUAUGUAUUACCGUAUGUAUGAUGUAUAUGAUGUAUGUUUUACGUAAAACGUAAAACUAGUGCAAAAGACGUUGCGUGGUAUAAAUUUGGCCUUGACAGGAGUUACGUUGGAUGCCAGAAACGACUACAAAAGCUGUUUAUAUUUAAUUUAAGUAGAACAAAUAACAACAACAAAUUUAAUAUAUUGCUAAAUUAAAUUAAAUCUAAAUCUAAACCUAAAUUUAAACUUAAAUUAAUUUAAUUAAAUUAUACAUUUAAAGAUAAACAUCACAAAACCAAAAAACCAAAAACAAAUCCAAUCCACAACAGAAAAAGAGCAGAACUUGAAUGAGUAAGGGAGUACUAAUAAAUACGAGUAGUAUGGCAUAACCAAAAAAAAGAUUGACAAAUAACAAUGAUAAACGGAAAGAGAUACAUAAAAGCAACAGCAUAAACAUCGAAGCAGUGAGGGCAGAUUUCAAAUCAAACUUUUAACAACCGAAAGCCAAUAACAACGCGAUCAAACUGCAGCUGCCAACGGAAACUGUAAAUAAUGCAAUAAAUCUCUAAGGUGACAUGCUAUUAUUUUAGCACUCAUAUAGAGGAACGGUCGAAUGAUCCGAGUGAUGAGCAAGUCCGUGUGGAGGGAUGUCCUUUUAACAGCUGAAAAAACUGAAAAACUAAACCCAAAAAGCAGAUUAACGACUCACACUCAGUCACUGAAACACACACUACAAGAAAGUAUAGUAAAACUGCCGUAAUAUUUAACGUAAACCCGAAAACAACAACUUGUAUAGUCAUCAAAACAAAAAAAGAGGCAAUAUCUGCUUUUAAAUGUGACAGGAAAUACUAUCGUGUAACUAACUUAGACACUAACCAUCUAACUGAACUACUUAAUAACUGAACUAACCAACUAAGAAAUACACACACAUACAUAUAUGUGAUAGAUGUACUAUGUGUAUAACCUAAACAAUAUCGUUCGUGGCAUUACUCAAGUCCCUUUGUUUUUUGACUAAAGCUUAGGAGAAAUCUGUACCACCACCUAUUGCCCACCCACCCCACCACUUACCACUUACCACUUACCACCACCCACCAAACCUCUCACCUCCACUGACUAACUGAACCCAUAUCAGCUAUGUCUUCUGCUUCGAUCCCCCCGAAUUAAAUCGAAAUAAAAAGUACAAAUAUUCAACUAAAGGCAAAAGCAAAAGCGAAAGCGAACAAAAUAAGGUAAAUCAUACGAGUGCUGCAGAGCCAGAGCUUCAAGGAAUGGCGAAACGACUGCAAUUAACUACAAGACCGAACAUUAGUCAAACUUCCAACGGGUUGCUCGUAUCCCCAGUCAGAGAUCCGCUCAAUCACAAUAAACCCACAAGCAACAAAAAUGGCGACAAGAGAUACAAAAAACAGAAAACGCUCUUAUGAUUUUUGUAAUGAAAGCUAACUAUACCACAUAACGAUAAACGAGAAACAACUUAAACCAAAAAAGCUAAAGGUAAAAGAUUAACUUAAAGAUGGGGCUCUCCAGCAAUGAUUUCUUUGACUGAAUUGCAGGGGUUGGUCGGUACACAGUCCCACCCGAAAAAAUAAAACACUGAACACCUUUCACUUUCAAAUAGCAAAAGGUAGUUAAACAACAAAAACAAAAAAAAAGAAAUCGUUAGCUGAACUAUGCGAAUUCAACUUUUGCAUUAAGUGUAUAGUAAAUGAGAAACUACACAAUAUAUAUAAUAUGAAAGUAUAUAUUUAUGUGUGUGUAUGUGAAUACCAAACUGCAUAGAUGAAUAUAUUUAUACAUACGAGUAUAUAGGAAGCCUGUAUAUAAGGGAGGUUGCUCUUGCCGAUGUAAAUUGAUGGAUAGCAAUGGCAACGAGAUACCGAUCAUUCAAGUGUACAUUUUAAAAAGCUUUGAGAACCGUCCACGCACACACACACACACACUACACGCGCACUCACACACACACACAUAGAUAUAAGCAGGCGAAGUCAAUGGUCAGGGGCGUAGAGUACAAGGGGCUUCGGCGAAACCAGUGCCAACUAAAGAUCCGGAGGAGCAGAGCAGAGCAAGUGCCUUAAGGAACAUUGUGCGCUGGCCAACUCGACCCCCUUUGCCUCAGCCGUUGAUCAGAGGGCCACGCCCCACGCCCCCCUUUUAUUAACACCCGCCACCACCCCCCCAACCCCUAGCAAUUCAGUAGGACAGCUGAAAGCGAACAAUAAAGCUACGUUUCCAGGACGCCACAGUGGAGGCCAGAUAUAAAGGGCCAAACCAUACGAUGUGCAUUCGACACUGUGUAAAUAAUCGCUUCCCCAACCCGAAGAAAAUGAGCUGUUCCCACUGUGGCUGCUAACUGCUGUAAAUACUCUCCAGUCAAAACUGCAUCUUGCAAAUGCUAUUUUGUACAAUAAAUAAAACAUGAACAAACGCCUAACGAUAAACCCAAUAAAACCAAAGAGUAUAAGUAAUAAAUGAAUAAAACUAAUGAAUAACACAUUCAAAUGUCAGUUAAUUUUACUGUACUUAGUCUCUAUAUCUGUAAGAAAACAAAGAUCUACGACACAUACGAGUAUAAGCAUUAAAGAAGAUGAAAAUAUUGGUCCAGACGAAGACGAUGAAACUUGCAAAACACCAAAAUAAUGAGGAAUGGGGAUUGAGGAGAGGGAAAUGAAGCAUAACGAAAAGAAAACCGCUUACCUAAGAUUAGAUUUUAUGUUUUAGAUCGGUCGGAGGAGGUGAUUUUAGCUUCAUAGAUUCAAUAUACCAGAUAGCAGAUAAAAGAUACAAAAGAAAAAACUAAACCAGAUAGCAGAUACAAAGAGCCGAGUGUAAAGUAAGGUUGUUUUUUUUUCCUAGCCUUAAUCUAGACAAAUGAAUAAAUUUAGCAAACAUAACUGUAAAUGAGUCUAAGAAUUACCGAUGUAUAGCAAAAUUUAGAAUUUUAUUUUAAUUUUAUUAUUACGAUUAUACGUUCAUAUUUUGUCCUACA